AUGAAUAAACAAGGUCGAUUCGGUUCUUUGCAGCCAGAAUCUGAUGACGACAUCAUAGAACCAGAGAAACCCUCAUCACAAUCAGCACAUACUACUCCCAACCAAAGUCCUCCAUAUCAACACUCUACCAAAAACACCAGCUCCUCAUCUCCUCGCGAUCCCUCCACAACUUCAAACCAACAUACCUCAUCUUUGACAGAUUCUCAUACUUUGGGUAACUCAACCUCGACAACCUCCACAACAUCGACUACCACCACAACAUCCAAUCAAGUGUCUAAUGAGUCGUCAAGUAUCAAGCCUCCCGAAAUUCCCUUCCUACGUCCAAAUGCUAACAGACAGUACUCGUUCCUUGACAAGAAAGAAGCUUUCCAUGUAUCCACAGGAUGUAAAGAAAUCGUGGAUAUGUUAAAUACUAUGGACCCCAAGUUCAGAUCAUCUUAUAGAAUUGAACUGGUCCUCCAAGAAGAUGGAAUGUGGGACCUACGACUUUGCUUAGAUCCAGAUGCAUGGUUCGAAAUUUCCUACCAACAAGACCAAGUCAAAGCUCUGGCGAAUGCACAGAAUUACAUCAACCUUGCUCGAGAAGAAUACAACAAAGUUGCCCCUGAAGAUAGACAGGAUCCUCCACGUUGUGAAAAGAAAGCUUGUGAUUUCGAAGGAAAUGAAGGGGGUUGCUAUUUCAAAAACAAAAAAAGAGAUCCCAAGUUCCCUGGUCUCCCACCUGCUGAAAAACAAAGAAUUAUAGUUCACCUUAAAACCUACUAUCACCAGGAAUGGGUGUGCUUAAGAGAAGUUCGAGACACUAAAACCCAAAAUAUGCAUCAUUGUGGUGUUAAAGUAUAUUCAGGAGCAAUUCUUAAUCGCAAAGAAAAAGUGCUUCGUGAUUUCGUUCCCAAUUUUUCUGUGCUAUCCCGAUGGAGCGAGAAGGCAAGGGAGAUUAUGAUGAUGCCCAAUCCCUCAAAAGAAAACAACCCUAUCCCCCAUAAUAAUGUUGAGAUGGUCAAAGAUCCAGAGUUUUGGAGAAAUGCAAAUCAGAUUUGCACAAAACUCGAGGAGCUAAAACUAGACAAAUCACUUAAAUUGCGUAGUGACAGCCCACCAGCCACCAACCGAAUAGUCAUCAAUUAUGGACAGUGGGAGACAGGAGUUCGGGGUAAUCCAUGGCUGGAGGAGUGCCAUGCGCAUGCUCACAUUUGGUUGUCAAGUGAAUUUGUGUUAUCCUUGCAAUCUCAGAAGAAUAACUUUAAUGACCCAUUUCUCAAAAGAUUACAGUUAAUUUUGGAUGGCAAUGUUUACAGACCAAACGACUACCUGUAUCAGAACUAUACUAGACUAGAGUCAAGAAUCUUCCCAAAGACUCAAAGCUCCCUCCACAACACCAUAAACACAAUGCAAAAGCAAUUAGCAAAUCAGGAGGCCAUGUUAAAUCAAAUCCUUCGAAAUCUUGGAAUUGAUAAUAAUUUCAAUACUGGUGAUAGUACUAAUAAUACUUCUAAUGAUAAUAAUAAUACCUCUAAUGAUAAUAAUAUCAAUACCGUUAAUAGUACCAAUAAUAACAGUAGUAAUAAUAAUACUAGUAAUAGUACUAAUAAUACCUCUAAUGAUAAUAAUAUCUUUACCGUUAAUAGUACCAAUAAUAAUAGUAGUAAUAAUACUGGUAAUAGUACUAAUAUUAAAAUUAAUAAUAAUAAUAAUAAUAAGAAAAAGAAUAAGAAGAAAAAAUAA